UUUUCAUUUAAGAAUCUGGCAACGUUAUUUGACGGAUGACGACAUAAAAAAAUAAAAGUUUGCGAAAGUACGAAACAUUCAAUUUAACAAAAUCUUAAGCAGAAAGAUAAAUUUUAAGCAUUUAUUGUCGUGGCUAAAGAUUUAUGACAAAAUUACCAAAAAGCUCAGCAGAGGUAAAAAGCAGCCUGGCAUACAUACAUAUGCACGAACAUAGUAGAAAACCUAUUGUGCAUUCAGUGGAAUUGGAAUACCUAGCAUAUUUUUAAAUCUUGGAAUACCAGAGAACAAGCGUGCAAUAGUUUACGAUUUGGUAAACAAACAGUUUUAUUACAUACGUUCAUAGCCAUUGCAAGUAGCUGGUGUAGAAUACACAUUUGAAAGAUGGUGAAACUCUUUGCAUUGAGCAUCUUUUACAAGGGUCCAACAGAGGCACGACUGUUGAAAUCGGCUUACGAUUUGCAAUCAUUUUCUUUCUUUCAACGCGGCACAGUUCAGGAGUUUAUGACUUUUGCAUCAAAAACGAUAGUGGAGCGUACACAGCCAGCGAUGCGACAGUCAGUAAAGCAGGAAGCUUACAUGUGUCAUGUAUAUGUCCGUGCUGAUAACUUGGCGGGUGUACUGAUUGCUGAUCAUGAAUAUCCACAGCGUGUUGCACAUACACUCAUCACUAAGAUAUUGGACGAAUUCAGCACCAAAAUAGGGCCAGAACGUUGGGAAACAGGGGCUGAAUCCACCAUUGACUUUAGCGUACUACCCGCAUAUUUAGCAAAGUAUCAGGAUCCCAAAGAGGCAGAUGCGUUGACGAAAAUGCAAAACGAUUUAGAUGAAACUAAGAUUAUUUUAAAGAAUACCAUCGAAGCGGUGCUCGAGCGCGGCGAAAAGUUAGAUGACAUGGUAAUCAAGUCAGAAAAUCUUUCAAUACAAAGUAAAGCUUUCUAUAAGACAGCUAAAAAGACCAAUUCAUGUUGCAGUUUCAGUUAAGUAUAGGUUACAGAAACAUAAAAAUAUGAAGUUUUCGCGAAAAAAAUAAAUUUUCUUUUGAAGUGUUUGCUGUUUGCAAUGCCGUUUACCACAUAUUUGAGUUAAUACUGAUGCUUAAGGUGGUGUUGCUUUUUAAAUUUAUCAAACAAAAAAUAUAUAUAUAUAUAUAAAUCAUAGAAGUUUAUUAAUGUAGGAAGAAAGGGAGUUGUUACGACAAACUAAUAAAAAAGUAUAAUAAAAUAUACAAUUAGCUCAAGAUAAAGGAACCCACAAUAUACUUCAUUCCAAACCAUAUAACUAAUUUGACUUUCAUUUAAAGUGUCAAUAUUAAUUUGAGACCGGAGAUGGAGAUUAACUACAGUUGACAAAAAUUAACCAUAUACAUAUGUACAAAUAUUGGCAGAUGUGCUUUUAUUGAAUCGUGAAAUUAAAUUAAUGCGCUGAUCAUAAUUGUGAAAGUAACUGACUUCAAGAAAAAUAUGUACAACAUAUGUAUGUAACCGCUUUUUCCUAUUUACAUAUGUAUAUACAAAACUAUUUGUAUGAAUGUAUGACCUUGCGGGAGGUGUCUCAAAAUUAAUUUAUACUUGACUUGGUUGGCUAUGUUUAAACGACGAGAUGUUUUGGUAUCAGAACAAAAAUUAAAAUUUAGCCAAAUUGACUGCCGAUAACUGCAUUCAAAUUUUAUAUGUUAAAUUCUUUAACACUAAUCUAAUAUAAAUUCAUAUACAUACAUACGUAUAAAUGUAUGCAUGUGGAUUGUUUGCGGAUAAGGUGUAACAAAAGGACGUGGAUGUCCGCCCAGCUUAUUAGAUACAUACAUAUAUGUAAAAUAAACAAACAUCCCUGCAAACCAAAGCUCCCAACAUCUUAUACGAAAUCUUUAAUGUGUGCCGAAAUCGUGUGGCAAUAUCUUUACGAAUCUUCAAAGAAAAUUAUACGAAGUGGUUGACAUGAACACGUAAAGAAAUUUCUAUACGAUUGCUUAAAAUUCGG